CAGUUAUUAAAAAAAACACCACCUCCAAAAUGAGUAUUUUCAGAAACCUCCUAGUCUUCUGCAUCCUAUGUGCCACUCUCUUCUUUGCAUCAACCAAUGCAGCUCAUUUCGAUAUCCGAAACAAUUGCCCCUUCACCGUCUGGGCAGCCGCCACGCCAGGCGGCGGACGCCAACUUAAUAGAGGCGAAAGUUGGGGCAUAGACGUGGCUGCCGGAACCAAAGGGGGUCGCGUUUGGGCCCGGACCGGAUGUACCUUUGAUGGAGCUGGACGUGGGAGAUGCCAAACAGGUGAUUGUGGUGGUAUCCUCCAAUGCCAAGCCUAUGGCCAAGCCCCAAACACCCUAGCUGAAUAUGGCCUUAACCAAUUUAACAACUUGGAUUUCUUUGACAUUUCCCUUGUUGAUGGCUUUAAUGUUCCCAUGGACUUUAGUCCCACGUCUAAUGGGUGCACUAGGGGUAUCAAAUGUACGGCUGAUAUUAACGGGCAGUGUCCUAGCCAACUGAGGGCUGAAGGAGGCUGCAACAACCCUUGCACUGUGUUCAAGACUAAUGAAUAUUGCUGCAAUUCUGGGAGCUGUGGCCCUACAGAUUUCUCUAGGUUUUUCAAGAGUCGGUGCCCGGAUGCUUACAGCUACCCUAAGGAUGACCAAACAAGUACAUUUACAUGCCCUGGCGGGACCAACUAUAGGGUUGUGUUCUGCCCAUGAAGAAGCAGAUACAUCUUCUAGUUUAUAGUAUCUAUGAAUAAGUCUGAUGCAAUAAAAUUAGUUUGAGGGCUUUGUCAUCAGCACAUGUAAUGGUGUGCAUUAUGUAAAACAAAGUACCUGUACUCUCUCACUCGGUUCAGACAUCAUAACGAAAUGAAAGUCUCAGUUUUUCA